AUGGCUCUGAACCCCCCGGAGAGUAAGCCAGUAGCCCCUAGUGAGCAUAAAUCCGCUAAGAAAUCCUGUCGUAUAGAUGAGGAGUCCUCCACAACUUUUGAGAUGGACAGGGUACGUCUUUUCACUGAGGAUGUGGACCACAACAGAGAGCCUGCCCACCGGGCAAAAUCGGUGAGGACCUGGAAGAAGGCAAAAGCCUUCAGUGAAUCUUCCGACUCUGAUUCGGAACAAGAGGAGGAACUGAGCGUGUCGAAUGAAGACUCUUAUGAUUCCGGCACAGAUUUGUCUGACCACAUCCCCUUGUCAGGACCUGGCAAUGAUGCCACGGCCGGGGUGGAUGACUCCACCCUUCUGGAUCCUCAAGGCGAACAGCAUCCACGUUCUUUAGAGUGGUACCCUUUGGAUCACGUGGCUAAAUACAUUGCCGCACGUAUAAGGAAACCACUUAACAAGGAGGCACGGAAUAAACUCAGAGCGGAAUGCCCACGUCCCAAUCUCCCUGAUAUGGCCUGUACCACGCCAGAGUUGGAUCCCAAAAUAGCCCAAUUUCUUGGCAAAACAGGAUGGAAAGCCAAAAAAAGGCCUGGAUUUCUCCCUGUGAAGUUGCCAGGACAAAAUCCUGGACGCUCUGGGACCAAGUGCUAA